CAGGACUGGCAUUUGGACAUGCAGCUGACAGGCAAGGUGGUGCUGUCCGCCGCUGCCCUGCUCCUGGUGACCGUGGCCUACAGGCUGUACAAGUCGAGGCCUGGCCAGGCCCCACGGGGGGGCAGGAACGCCAAGGCCGAGGCCAAUGAGGAGGCCGAGGGCUCCGGGCAGCCUGCGGUCCAGGGGGCUACUCCCGGGGCGCCGCACUGGGCGCUGAGACGCCGGAGGGGAAGCAAGGGGACCAGAGAGGCGCCAGGCUGUGGCUGGGAGAAUCGGGGCCACUCCCAAGUCCUGGCAACAGGACGCUCUCCCGAAGACUCAGAAGCCCAAGAAGCUCGGGAGCCCGCGGAGAAGGGCGCUGGUGAGGAAGGGGGUGGGCGGCACCCGGACUCUGAGCCGGCGCCUCCUGGCUGCGGUGGCCGGGAAGCCGGGACAGCUGCUGGCCCUACGCCCAAGCGGCCCCACCACCCCCAUUUGGGCAGCGAGUCCCAGAGCUCCCACGCUGGUCUCGCCACAGCAGCCGGCCGCAGUGAGGGCGGCGAGCCUGGCCCGUGGCUGGACAGUGGCCCCCCGGGGCAACCAGGGUCCCGGGAGCAGGAGGCUGCCCCCACCAACUGGAUGGCCCACGUGGAAGGCAAGAGCGACGUGAGCAAGAGCUGGGUCUUCACCCGCGUGACGGGGGUCCACAGGGAAGAGGCCGGGGUCCUCCAGGCCACCGUGGACAUGGGCCUGACCCUGCCUCAGCAGGAGGGAGCCUCCAGCACCUCUUACACCUACUCGUCGGUGGCCUGGGUUCGUGUGGAGGAGAAUUUCCUACAGGACAAGGGGGAGGGGGCCGGGCCCAGGCUGAAGGGCAAGGUGUACGAUUACUAUGUGGAAUCCACCUCCCGGGCCACCUCCAAGGGCAGGCUGGCCCCCAGAACAGCUGCCCUGGCUGAGUGUCCGGCCCCCGUGCCACCACCAGGCCCCCCGGGAACAGGGGCAGCUUCAGGAGGCCAAGCCGCUGACCAGGAAGGUGGAACCGAGACACCCACCUGCCCCCAGCCUGUGCCAUCGCCCCCCACGCAAGGCUUCAGCAGGAAGGACAGCCUCCUCCAGAUCCUGGAGAACCCAGAGCUCCAGCUGCAGCUCGAUGGCUUUGGGGCCCCCACUCCGUCCUGCCCAGACCGGAGUGCCCUGCCUGGCCGCCCCCUCCCCGGGGCUCCUCUCGGGGCCAGCUCAGCCGGAAGCAGCGGGGAGCCCCACGUGCAGCUGGUGGCAGGGACCAAUUUCGUCCACCUCCCGCCGGCCCCUGGCUCCGCCCCGGGCGUCCACCUGGAUCUGGGCAACUGCUACCAGGUACUGACCUUGGCCAAGAGGCACAAGCUGGAGGCGCUGCAGGAGGCAGCCUACAAGGUGAUGAGUGACAACUAUCUUCAGGUGCUGCGCAGCCCAGACGUCUACGGGUGCCUGAGUGGGACCGAGCGGGAGCUGAUCCUCCGGCGCCGGCUGCGGGGCCGCAAGCACCUGGUGGUGGCCGAUGUGUGCCCCCAGGAGGGCUCCGGCCGCCUCUGUUGCUAUGACGAGGAGAGGGACGCCUGGCACCCGCUGGUCCGUCUGCCCCCCGAGGCUGUGUCCCGAGGCUGUGCCCUCUGCAGUCUCUUCAACUACCUCUUCGUGGUGUCCGGCUGCCAGGGGUCUGGGCGCCAGCCCUCCAACCGCGUCUUCUGCUACAACCCGCUGACGGGGAUCUGGAGCGAGGUGUGCCCGCUGAACCAGCCCCGGCCGCACUGCCGGCUGGUGGCCCUGGACGGCCACCUGUACGCCAUUGGGGGCGAGUGUCUGAACACGGUGGAAUGCUAUGACCCCCGCCUGGACCGCUGGACCUUCGUCCCACCGCUCCCCAGCGACACGUUCGCGCUGGCACACGCGGCCGCGGCGUGCGCCGGUGAGAUCUUCGUCACGGGCGGCACCCUGCGCUACCUGCUCCUCCGAUUCUCCGUCCGGGAGCAGCGCUGGCAGGCUGGGCCCGCGGGGGGCGGCGAGGACCGCACGGCCGAGAUGGCGGCGGUCAACGGCUUUCUCUACCGGUUUGACCUCCGUCGCAGCCUGGGCAUCAGCGUGUGCCGCUGUAGGGCCAGCGCCCGCCUCUGGUAUGAGUGUGCCACGCAGCGGACGCCUGACCCCGACGCCUUCCGGUGCGCCGUGCUGGGGGACCUCAUCUACUGCGUGGGGCGCCGGCGCACGCUCUGCUUCCUGGCCGACCCCAUCUCGCCCAGGUUUGUGCCCAAGGAGCUGCGGAGCUUCCCCUCCCCGCGGGGCACCCUCCUGCCCACCGUCCUGACCCUGCCCGUCCCCGGUGUGCCUCAGACCAGCGUCUAGCUACCCGCUCCGCCGGACUUCUCCUGCAACACCGGGAAGCAGAAGGCACCCCCUGCCUGCCACUCCAUGAGCCAUUUCUAGGAGAGCAGGCCGCUCAGGCAUUUGGCCGGCGAGAGGUGAAUUCUAACCCUACCUCCCCCGCUGGCUGGGGCCCUCGGAUGCGUCUUUGCUGUCAGGGGGAUGCAGAGAUAGAACCAGGGACCAGUGCUCCGAGGCUGAGGGCAGCCACACACGUGUGCAGCGACGGGUGCCGCCUUGCUUCAAAUCCGAACUCUUGGCGGAAGGGACGUCAGGGUCCCGCCAAAGUUCGGGGGCGCAGCCUCAUCCCAACCACAGGUCCCGGUGCCGGUUGACCCCCAAUAACCCCUCAAGCCAACCCCGCUGGAGGUGGGCCAGCUCUCUAUAGGCCACCGGGGCCCCGUCCUAAACACUGGUCACGAGCCCUUACCUCCAGGGUUCCCAGAAGCACCCGGGACACACAAGGAGGUGGUUCCGGCCGUGCCAAGAGCCCUGGGGAGCCCCCAGGGGCCCGGCCAGAGGAGAGAUGGUUGGAGAAGUAGAUCAGCGACAGUUGGUGCUGCCCAUGGGACUCUUGUCUGCAGAGCAAAUUGACCCACCUCACUUGUUCUCAUUACCUAGAAUUCUAGUAUACUAGGAGGAGAAGCCUCCAAUUAGCAGCCAUUUGAAAACAUACAUCCUGUAGUGGUCCACAAAGAAGAGCCCCAGUGAUCCCACAUCUGAGGUCUCAGGAGAGAGAGGAGUAGGUGCGAUCUGUCGGCGCCCGUCCUCCUGGGCUCCCCCGCGUGGGCCCAUCCUCCUCUUCCUGACCACUGACUCCCUCCCCAGAGCUCGGAGCCUGCAGAAUACAGCAGCCGUCCGAACAACACAGCCCUCACCUCGGGGAGCAGGGGCAGACACUGCCAGGCACCCCUCCCGGGCUGCUGAGAGACGUUGGCAUAAUUUCUCCUCCCUGGGCCCUGUGGUCACCUGGUCUGCCCGGUCAGAUAGGAGAGGAGGGAGGGGCAGGUUCGUGACGGAGCUGAGGAACUGGAAAAUCACACAGGACACUGGGACCGGCUCUACACAUCAGAGUUGGUAAAUUCGGAAAGGGCAGAGACCCUCCAACCUCAGGACGUUGCCCAUUCUUCCUGGAGGGGAGGAAGAGAGACCGGUCCCAUCUAUUGCCACAGCCCUGUUCUCUCGCUGAGGAGGACGCAUACACAGAUAGGAGGGCAGCAAUGUUCCCGGUGUCAGCCGGAAGCCAGGGCAGCUGGGACCACUUCUAAAGUGACAGGCAGCCUGGAGGAAAGUAGAGAUGCGGGUGCACCAGGGCAGGCCUGACAAGUGGGGAGCUAAGGAUGCUUUGGAUUUCAGCGUUCCUACCUUGAAAAUGGGAAGGACAUUUCAUGGCCUUCUCUGCCAGAGAAAUGAGAACACCUGGAGAAAGUCCUUCCCAAAUUCCCCUGGGGGUCUGGACAGGAGCUCAUGUUCACUGCAGCUGCUGGGGCUGAGCCAGGGUCUUCCUGGAAAAUGCACAAUUAGAACAAGAAAUAACAGGGAGGUUGGCAUGGAGAUGAGAACUUCCAUUGGGCCCCUCAAAGCCACCGUCCCCAUUCUAGGGCCUGGAAGGUGAGGCUGCCUAGUUGAUUCCUAAGUUGGAGCCUAGUGACCACCCCCUCCCCCAUCCCCUGCCAAGGCCAUGCUCAAGCUCAGAGCCAACACUCAGACAUGAGCCUCCUAGGGACCCUUGGUGGGGAAGUGGGGGUAACUCAGCAUGACUGAGAGGCGGCAUGGGCAUCAUGAUGCCAUGCUGGGGGUUGCUUGGAAGGUGAACCCCAUCUGGAAGCUGGGGGCAGAUGGAGCCAGAUCCAGCCCCCAAGGGCAAGCCUCCAGCAAAUAGCCAGGCAAUGGACUAGACCACAACCAAGCAGGGAGGCCUUGAGGGAGGGCUCCAAGCCCAGGGUGACCUAGAGAUCACUCCAGAAAACUUGUCAGAGCCCCGUUGCCUGGGGCAUGGUCCCAUGGUCAGGACCAGGGAAACCGCAGAGUUUGUUCCUGACCCACUGACGGUGGGUGAUCUCGUCAUGAUGGAGGGAGGGCUGAGAGGGUAGUACGGGGCCCAUCUCAUCUACAUCCCUGGGGUCCUGUGCAGACAUCACUCAUCGAUCGCCUUAUCUUUUCCCAUUGAGCCUCAGAACCCAGAACACCGGGCCCUAGGCAGUCACCACUGAUAGAUGAGAGCUGGCGUGUUUCUCAUCACUGGCCUGGGUCUCCAGAGCUAGCUAGGGAAGUGAGUGGUCAGGACCAUCAUGGUAGAGCAAGGCAGUUCAGGGAGCCUGCAAAGACCACCUGGAUUCAUUCACAGAACGUUCAGGCUGGGCACUGUUCCGGGUGCUGGGAAUGCAGCAGGUCCCUGCCCUAACAGAGCGCACGUUCUGCUGGAGGAAAACAGGCAAUUUCUAUCAACAAAUGCAUAAACAAAUGAAUGGGACCCAUGCUGCAUACGUACAGAAGGCAGAGGAGGCAAAGAAGUAUUAUUGUGUGAUCAGCCUCCCUGAUAAAGAGACAGUGAGCAGAGCCCUGGAUGGAAAUCCGGGAAAUGCAUGGACCAGGGCUGGCUCAGGGCACGGGAAGCCUGGCCCUGCCAUCAGCGGGGGCUUCGUCACCCCGGCCGGAGAGGGCAGGGCUGCCUGCAAGGAGCUCCACCUCGGAGUGAAGAGGAUGGGAACCCAACUAUCGUGCUCUAGCCAUUCACGUAAGGGAGCGUUUAGGAAAGAGGCUCCUUGCACGACGGUAAGCUACAUCCCCUGGAGAGAAGCAGAGUGCACGCAUUUACGGGGAGAGUCCAGAUCGCACACCACCACCGUGCCUGAGUGUGUGUCUGGGUGUCAGCCUGCCCGUGAUCCUCCACAGGGAUCAGAGUCUAGGAUUUCCACUUGACCCUGUGGGAUAGCCUUGCCCGGCCACCUCGAGCCCUCAGCCUCACGGAGGCCUGUGUGUCCCUUGGCCUCUCCCUGGGUCAUCUGUCCUGCUUCCCCGUGAAGAAUUUCUUCGUUAAAACAAAACUAAAAAACAACUCUUCAGCUUGGGUAGCUUUCCACGUGAGGCCAACCACAGCUUUGUAGGAAAGAAAAUUGGAAAAUACAAAAGUACAAAAAAAUCUCCCCCUUUCCACCACCCAAAGACAACCCCCUCUGCAGUGCACGUCCCUCCAGCCUGUGCACCUUUUCUUUGGCUUGAUUUUUGCCAACGUGUGAUUAUGCUGAAUGCACAAUUCAGCUGCUUCCUUUUUUCACUUAGCUUUUUAGAAUACACAUGUUCCGUGUUGCUACAAACCCUCGGCAAACAUCAUUUCAAUAAGUGCACAAUGUUCCACCGAGUGGCUGUACCAUGGUUUAUUUAAACAGUUCCCCGUCCUGUCGGGCCUGUAGAUUUGUU